CGCAUCUUCAUCACAUGAGGAGGAGUUUAUGAGAUCUGUUUCCAGAUUUUAAAGUAAACAUUCCAAUAAGUUAAAUUUGCAUAUCUUUUUCGCAGAUGGAAAUGGAUAAUUCAAGAUCUGAAUUUUUGCGUUAUGACACAACUGAUACAAAUGAUCCUGUCACAGUAAAAAAUAUGCAAGAAAUAAAUGAGACAGAAGAAACUAGAGCUAGAUGUCUUGAAAUACUUCGCAGAGACUUAAAAAGGGUGAAGGAUCUUGAACCAUGUUUGGAUGAGAUAUUUCUGUCGCCUUUUAUGAGGGUAUCUAAAUAUGAUACCGCGAAAGCAUUUCAGCGAGUUAUCAAGUACUACCAACAGUUAGACGUGUAUCUAGAUAUCUACAAGAAAUUUUCUUUUCCCCUUCAAGAAGCUGAAAGUAUACGUCAUUUGAAGUUAUCUCCUUAUAGAUGUGCGGAUAACUCAUUUUUACUUUUUGGAAAAGCAGCAAUUGACUACAGAAAAUACACUUUUGCUCACCGCUUCUACCUAGAAUUAGUCACAUCUCACAACUUCAUACAAAAUCCAGUCAAUCAGAUAUGCGGGGGAACAUUUGUUUUUGACUAUGAAGGAAUGGACAUCCAUGGUUAUCUAGCUUUUACACCUUCCUGGACUCGCGUGUUUGUCGAUUCGUUAUUGAAUACCUACCCUUGUCGAGUGAAAGCCAUGCAUGUGGUUAAUAUGCCUUCGUUUUUUCCACUAAUAUUAAAAGUUCUUAAUCAAUUUCUACCGAAAAAAAUUAAGAAUCGAGUAUUUUUUCAUGCAAAGAAAAAUGAUUGGAAAGAUCUACAUGCAUCCAUUUCUCCCGAGAUUCUUCCUGAAAAAUUUGGCGGGAAAUUGAAAGAAGACGAGCUUGUCAAUAUUAUGCAUGAUUUAAAAGCCGAAGAAGAGAAAUUUCUUAGUUUUUUCGCUUAUGGUAAUAUCAAAACAAAGAAAGAUAGAUUAUCCAUGAAAGUGUUUCAAUAAAUCAACAGGUGGGAAUUUUUAACUGUCUCAAACUGAAUGUAAAUAAUCAUAACACCUGUCUGAGCUUUUUGUUUCAACAAGAAUAUUUCUUAUUUAAAAUUAUAGCUCAUGUUUCCUUUUUGUUUUAUUAAAAACUAUUUAUUGAAUAAAAUUUUAUGU